AUGGAGAUCGACCCCGUGGUGGAGGGACAUUCAGCGUCGUCGGACGACUGGCGGCGCGCGUUGGCGCGCGUGGUGCCGGCGGUGGUGGUGCUGCGCGUGACGGUGGUGCGCGCGUUCGACACCGAGUCCGCCAACUCCAGCUACGCCACCGGCUUCAUCGUCGACCGCCGCCGCGGCAUCAUCCUCACCAACCGCCACGUCGUCAAACCCGGCCCGGUGGUGGCGGAGGCGAUGUUUCUGAACCGCGAGGAGGUCCCCGUGCACCCGAUUUACCGCGACCCCGUGCACGACUUCGGUUUCUUUCACUUCGACCCCGCCGCCGUGCAAUUCCUCGACUACCACGACAUCCCGCUCGCGCCCGAGGCCGCCGCCGUGGGUCUCGAGAUCCGCGUCGUGGGCAACGACAGCGGCGAGAAGGUGUCGAUUCUCGCCGGGACCAUCGCGCGGUUGGAUCGCGACGCGCCCGUGUACAAAAAGGACGGGUAUAAUGAUUUCAAUACGUUUUAUUUGCAAGCCGCGUCGGGUACGAAGGGCGGGUCGAGCGGGUCGCCCGUGAUCGACUCGCGCGGAUGCGCCGUGGCGCUGAACGCGGGCAGCAAGUCGUCGAGCGCGAGCGCGUUCUUCCUUCCGCUGGACCGCGUGGUGCGCGCGCUGGGCGCCAUCCAGGCGUGCUUCGCGGAGAAGGAGGGCGGCGGGUUCGUCGUGCACAAGUGGCGCCCGCCCGUCGUCACUCGCGGCACCCUGCAGGUGACGUUGAUUCACAAGGGGUUUGACGAGACGCGGCGGCUGGGGCUGAGGCGGGAGACGGAGGCGGAGGUGAGGCGCGAGGCGGGCGCGGCGGAAACGGGGCUGCUGGUGGUGGACUCGCUCGUGCCGGGCGGCCCUGCUGAAGGCAGACUGGAGCCCGGCGACAUCCUCGUGCGCGUCAACGGCAAGGUGCUGACGCAGUUCCUGGCACUGGAAGCCAUUCUAGACGACGCUGUGGGCGGCACCGUAACUCUCGACGUGGAGCGUGGCGGCGCACCCCUCUCCCUCACCCUCACAGUGCACGACCUGCACGCCGUCACGCCCGACCGCUUCCUCGAGCUCUCAGGAGGCGUGCUGCACGCGCUCUCGUACCAGCAGGCGCGCAACUUCCGCUUCCCCUGCGGCCUCGUCUACGUCGCCGAGCCUGGCUACAUGCUCUCGCGCGCCGGCGUGCCCCGCUUCGCCAUCAUUCAGAAGCUCGCAGACCAGGACGUGCCGGACUUGGACUCAUUCAUAAGGGUGUUUGCGCGGUUGGAGGCGGGGGCGAGAGUGCCGAUAGAGUAUGUGACGCAUGGGGAGCGGCACCGGCCCAAGUCGGUACUGCUGCUGGUGGACCGGCACGCGUGGUAUGCGCCGCCGCAGAUGUACUGGGAUGGGAGCGAGCCUGCUGCUGCUGCUGCUGCGGAUGGAUCAGACGCAUCAGCCAAGGCAGCUGGCACGAGCUCAUUGGUUGAGAGUGCACUGGAGCCCGCGUUUGUCAUGAUGGAGGUGCACGUGCCAUCGUCAGUGAUGGUGGACGGGGUGCACGCGCAGCACUUCUUCGGCACGGCGCUGGUGGUGCACCACACGCCACAGCUGGGGCUCAUCGUGGUGGACCGCAACACCGUCGCUGUCUCCGUCUCUGACAUCAUGCUCUCCUUCUCCGCCUACCCUGUCGAGGUCCCCGGGGAGGUGGUGUUCCUGCACCCUGUGCACAACUUUGCCUUUGUAGCCUACGACCCAUCAGCGCUCGGAGCAGCAGCAGCGGCGGCAGUGAAGGCCGCCACGCUCAAGCCCUCCCCCCCGCUGCGGCGGGGUGACCGAGUGCACCUGGUGGGGCUCAGCCGCAGCCAGGCCGUCACGUCCCGGCAGUCUGUUGUCACCAACCCCACUGCCACGCUCACUGUGAGCGCUGCUGACUGCCCGCGGUACCGAGCCAUUAAUAUGGACGUCGUGGAGAUUGACACCGACUUCGGGCAGUCCUUUUCGGGCGUGUUGGCGGACGACUCAGGCGCCGUGAGAGCCCUCUGGGGCUCAUUCUCCACCUUCCUGAAGUACGGGGAUGGCGGAACGGACGAUCUGCAGUUUGUGCGCGGGCUGCCCAUCUCCUUCAUCUCCUCCGCCCUCCACCAAAUCAUCCACGCCCCCCCCUCCAAGCCCCUCCGGCCCCUCCCACCCACCGCUCCCGCUCCCACACCCGCUCCCACCAUCGUGCCCCACGUCAAAAGUAACGGCCUGGCAAAAGAAUCAGGCGAGGGGACAAGAAAUGCAGAGGCGCAGGAGGAGGGUGGCAAGGCCAGCGAGCGUCAGCAUGAGGCGGGCGCAGGGGCAGACAACAGCCUGCUGAUGAACGGACGGCUGUGGGCCAUGCCGCACGUGCGCGUGCUAGAAGCAGAGCUCGCCCCCAUGCUUCUCUCCAAAGCACGCAGCUUCGGCCUGUCAGAGCAGUGGGUGCACGUGCUGGCGAGUGCCGACCCUGUGCGGCGGCAGGUGCUGCGCGUGAAGGGGACCCUGGCGGGGUCUGCUGUGGCUGGCGUGCUGCAGCAGGGCGACAUGCUGCUCGCUGUCAAUGGCCGUCCUGUCACGUGUUUUGCUGAUGUGGAAGCUGCCUGCUGUGAGCUGGAUGCAGGGGUGGUGGCGGGGGAUGGGGGGAGCGGCGGGAGAGAGGGCGCUGGGAAUGGGCAUGUGAGUGAGACAGGGGGCAGGGAGCCUACGGGAUCGGCGGCAGCAGGAGCAGAGAUGAGUGCAGCGAAUGGUACAGCGGAGGCUGCAGUAGAGGCACCAGGAAGCGCAGGUGGGAAGGAGAAUGCAGGGGAGGCGGCAGCAGCAGGGGAGGCGGCGCGGGCGUGUUUGAGUCUGACGAUACUGCGGCAGGGCAGGGAGCAGCAGGUGCAGGCGGGCACGGACGUGCGGCACGGGUUCGGCACGACGCGAGUGGUGAACUGGGCGGGCUGCCUCGUGCAGGACCCCCACCCCGCUGUGCGAGCUACCGGCUUCCUGCCCUCGCAGGGCCAUGGUGCUUAUGUUGCCAGGUGGUGCCAUGGCAGCCCAGCGCACCGCUACGGGCUGUACGCGCUCCAUUGGAUCGUGGAGAUCAACGGCCGUCCCGUGCCGGACCUCGAUGCUCUGGUUGCCAUCAGCCAGGAGUUGGAGCACGGGGCGUUUGUGAGGGUGAAGGUGGUGCAUCUGAAUGGCAAGCCGCGGGUGCUGACAUUGAAGCAGGACCUGCACUACUGGCCCACCUGGGAGCUGCGCUUCGUGCCCAGCACCGGCACGUGGCAACGCACCAUCCACAAAAUACAGAAAUAG